ACAACGCUGGAUCCUUAACCCACUGAGCGAGGCCAGGGAUCAAACCUGCAACCUCAUGGUUCCUGGUCGGAUUCGUUAACCACUGCGCCACGACGGGAACUCCAGGACCCAGCUCCUUAGCCCGCAAAUCAGGCCAUUUUUGACACCAGCUGCAGUCAACCGACUUAACACUCUUUUGGUGUAAAUGCACCUCCUUUUGGAAGGCCCAGGGGAGCACACGUGCCUGCCUAAUGCCAGAGAGCCACGAGAAAAGAAAUACCACCAGCACGCCCCCCUCUCUGGUUCGCAUUGGAUCCUAGUACAAACGUGCAGGUCAGCACGCUCACCCACACGCACCUCCUCCCAGACACCCAUACGAGCACGCACAUGCGUGCACAUGCGCACACACACACGAUGUGCACACACAUACACGCGCGCACACCCCCUUUCCCAGCAGGUCCCUCCUCCUCCUCCCUUCCUCCUCUUGUUUGUCAGUAGCUCCCUCCAAGGGCCAGGCAUUUGCAGCCCUGCACCUGAACCCUCGCUUGUCUCCCGCGGUGGGAUCUUAACUUCCUCAGCACUGUUGGCGUUUGGGGCCGUCCUCUGCGUUGCAUGAAGUCUUGCAGCCUCCGGGCCCCCACCCGCCAGGAGCCUGAAGCACCCCUCCCUCCAGUUGUGACAACCAAAAUGUCCCCAGACAUGGCCACAUGGCCCUCAGGGCGGCAAAACCACACCCUAUGGGGAAUAGCUGCCCCUCGGGUGUUGUUGAAGGCAAGUGAGACAGAAAUUGGGAGCCUGGGGACAGGCGUCUGGGGUGGGCAUCAAGAGAGUGGUCCAGAGGGACGAGUCUUGGCGCCUGUCCGGCGCUCAGCACCCUGUGCCUUGUCUCCAGGGCUCGCGCUCCUCAGGAUGCUCCCGGCAGCGCCUGCAUCUUCCUGCCUGGGGGGCUUGACUUGGAAGAGCCGUGGCUCCCCGGCCCCCAGUGUCCUUGAAGUCCACUCGUGGCUCCCACCACCUUCCCCCCAAAACCAGUAUCUGCAAAGGCCCCCAACAUGAAGAGGAACGCGGAGAGCGCUGCUCCACGGAGCCCCGGUCCUGACAACGAAGCCUUGCUUUUGAGGCAGAAGCAGAAAUUGCUGCAGGCCCGAGAGGAAGAUCAGCCGCUGCAGAGAGGACAGGACCUCGAGCAGCUGCAGAGCCAGCUGCUGUGGCGCUUGGCCGAGGAGUUGAAGGCAGGGUGGCGGGAGGCCCCAGACCAGCGAGGCCGAGGCUUGGAGAGGCUGGGCGUAGCCUGUCUGUCGGGGCUUGGGGGCGGACGGGCCGAGGACCGUGACCCUGACUCGGAGGGCUCGGCCCUGCACAGGGCAGCCGGGCCGCCCAGGGCCAGGAGGAAGCACAGAGCAGCCGUGCAGCAAGAGAAGGGUCCCAGGAAAGGGCUGGCGCCUCGGCAGCCUUGGUGCGCCACGUCCCGGAGGAGAGCAGGGGACCAGGAGUGGCAGGGAGCCUCCAGGCCCGCGGGCCCAAUUCUUCCUCCCCCAAGCCCCCCAGAGAGAAAUAAAGGAAAACGAGUGCUUUCCAUGAAGACCGGAGGGGGCCGCCGCCCCCCGGACCCUGGGCUGAGCAGGCGGACGGAUAUGGGGGAGAUCAGACGCCUGGAGGAGAGGGAGAAGGAGGCGGCCCAGGGGGGCAGGAGGCAGCCGGGGAAGGCGGCUCGUCUAGUUCAAGGCCCAAAGCACAAGGGUCUGGAUCAGAGUCCCAAGGGCAAAGCUGACGACCAGGAACAGCUGUGGCCAGUUGGCACCAACCCCAGAAGGGGGGCCUCGCUGCCCGGGAAGCUCAGUGACAAGAGCAGGUGGCAGAGAGAGCUGCAGUUUGCCUUCGAAGCGUUGUUUAAUACAAACAGGAAGCUGAAAAGACACCUGAACUUGCACCUGGACCCCAAGCCUCGGACGAACCGGAGCCCCAGUGAAGAGCAGGGCUUCUUGGAGAUGCAGACACCAAGAAGGAAGAGCCAGAGAGAGAAGGACGCAAGAGAUGCCCAGACAGACGUGGUGCCUGCCGGGGAACCCACGAGUCCAGUGGCGCUGGACGCCCACCUGUUGCCGUCCAAAACCAGCCUGGAGAAGUUAUUAAGCAAGCUGGAGAGCCAGGAGCACCGCAGGAUGGCCAAGGGCCUGAUGAAGAAUGAGAGGAGACUCUGGUCUCCCGGGGCAGGCACGUGUACCGGCGGAAAGACCCUGCUCUCCUGCAGCCCGGAAUCUGGACAGGCGCCCCCCAGACCAGACGUGCUGGCACAGGGCCCCCUGCAGCCUCACCCGCAAGAACAGGCAGGCAGAGUGAGCUCGAUGGCAUCGAGGCAGGGGCAGGAGAUGUAGACGGGGCAGAGAAGACCAGAGCAGCUCGAGCAAAUCCAACACCCCAAGCCAAGCUUGGAGGCCGAUCUCCAGACAGAGCUGGAAGACGAGACAGAAGAGAGACCAGCUCGUCUGGUUCACCUGAAGCCUGACUCCCCUGCGGACGGGGAGACAGAAGGAGGCUAUGACUGCAGCCCCGUUUCUCCCUUGGCCAGCAUCGUCGAUGGUGACAGCCACAGUCAGGUGAUCCGUGACCUUCAACAGCAAAUUCUAGAGCAAAACAAGUUGCACUAGCAAUUUCUUGAAGAAGCCAGGAAACGCUUGCAAGCGUUCCAGGGACUGUGUUAAAAGCGAGAGUCCUGCCUGUGGUAAAUACAUCACGGAUGCCUGGGUGUUCUGCCGGAACCGAUACCCAAGUCUGUGUGGUUGAAUUGGCGUCGUCUGCUCAGAAACCAGUGGCCUCUUUAAAAGGUCCACCAGGCGUCAUCCUGUCCUUUGGAGGGAGUCCCUUUGCAGGAAUUGUACCUAUGCCCAAUCGUGCUUUUAAAACUCAGUCCCGUCCAGGGAGGCACCUUAGCAGGAAAACAGGAACCCGUGUGGGGCCCGGUACAGGGCCUGGCCAGGGUCGCGCAGAGGUGCGUCCUGGAGCUGAGGCGGCGUUCAUGUGCCACAGGCCUAGAUGGAAACUCCAGGUGCAUGUAAGUCCUUCAGAUGUUUCAGCCAAGUAAGCCCUGGACUUUUAGGGGUAUCCAGGGUCAGACAGGCACGAUUUCAAAAGAUACAUCAUUUGUUGCUGAGCCACCGGCUGAGACAUUAAAUGGCGAGGUUGAGGGAAAAAUCUCCCAGUCUUUCAAAGCAACACCAUUUAAUAGGCAAAUCCCUUAGUGACAUUCUUGUAACCUUAACGUUAA